GAUCUGUCUCAUUGUUCUGUGGUGAUAGUGAAAGGACCGCUUCUUACCACAGUCAUAAAGUCAUAAUUAUGGCAAACCCCUAUCCAUUUAUAUAACUUCUCUUCUUAAAAUCUGAUUUUUAAACCUAACCUUAAUCACACUGCUAAGAUUAUGCCUAACCCUAAUCUUAAAUGAAGAACAAAAAGUAGAUUUCUGUUUUCAUAAAUGUUUAGCCAAUGUUGACAUUGUGGCUGUGGUAACUAGUGACAAGCCAAUGAGUCAGCCAUGUUCUUUUAUAGUUAAAUGAUAAUGGUCAGCCACCUCGGUAGCUUGCUAGCUGAAACAUCUAAGCUCUUUGGAGUCGUUCAUGUAUAUUAUCCACUGUGUUUUAAACUCACUUCUGUCGUCUAGCUAGUUAUCCCAUUUAAUUUCAUAUGUGCUUUGUUGUUAUUAGUCAGCUAUAGUAGCUGGCUGGUUACGUUAGCAUUAGCCUAGCUAGCUAACAUCUCCGACCAUGAGUUCACUGAGCUACUCUCCUCCUGAUAAAGAAGAGGAGGUCUGCUGGACGGAGAAAGAGGGUCUGUGGCUGAACGUUGUUGUGAAAGAAGAAGAGGAAGAGGAGGAUGUAACAGUAACAAAAGUAGAGGAUGAGGAUGUUGCAGUGAAAGAAGAAGAGGACGAGAAAGAGGAGGAUUCAGAUUUUGGAGAGGAGGGAGAGAUAACUGGUAUAUUGGAAGAAGAAGAGGAGGAGGAUCUGAUUAACCCCAGAGAGAGACGUGACUAUUGUGGAUCCUCUGGGGAGCCUCAACAACAGCACGAUGCUGACGAGGCAGAGAAGAGUCUCUUCACAUCAGAACACCUCAAGAAACACCAACGGAAACCCACAGGGAAGAAACUUCACCACUGCUCUGACUGUGGGAAGAGUUAUUCAAGAUCAGAUUCACUAAAAGUACACCAGAGAAUUCACACUGGAGAGACAUCUCACUGCUGCUCUGACUGUGGGAAGAGGUUUACCUCUUCAGCAGACCUCAAAAGACAUCAGAGAAUCCAUACAGGAGAGAAACCUUAUAGCUGUGAUCAAUGUGGAAAGAGUUUUAAUGUUCCAAGCAGCCUAAAAACACACCAGAGAACACACACAGGGGAGAAACCUUAUAGCUGCGCUGACUGUGGGAAGAGUUUCUCAAAAUUAUAUACAUUACAAUCACACCAGAGAAUUCACACUGGAGAGAAACUUUAUAGCUGCUCUGACUGUGGGAAGAGUUUUUCAAAAUUAUAUACAUUACAAUUACACCAGAGAAUUCACACUGGAGAGAAACUUUUUAGCUGUGAUCAAUGUGGGAAAAGGUUUACUCACUCAAGCUGCCUGAAGGUACAUCAGAGAACACACACAGGAGAGAAACCUUAUAGCUGUGAUCAGUGUGAGAAGAAAUUUGUUACAUCUAGCAGUCUGACUAUACACCGGAGAUCUCACACAGGAGAGAAACCUUAUAGCUGUGGUCAAUGUGUGAAAAGUUUUACUUCAUCUAGCCAUCUGACUAUUCACCAGCGGAUACACAAGAGAGAAACCUCAUAGCUGUAAUCAAUGUGGGAAGAGUUUUAGCCAAACAUCCUGAUAUCACACCAGAGAACACACACAGGAGAGAAUUCUUAUAGCUGUGAUCAAUAUGGAAAGAGAUAUGCUGGUAAAAUUUUGAAAAUACAUACAUGAAGUUGUUUCAUGAUAUCAAUAAAAUGUCAUAAUGUAGAAUGUUAUUACCAUUGUAGUAGGAGUAUUAUAACGAUGUCACAAUGUAGAAUCGUAAACGUUUGACCCCCUGUUCUAUUGAUUUCAGCGUGAUAUAGAUAUUAGCCUCGGGAUGAAUCCAGGCCUCAUCAGGGGAAGUAAUGAGUACUAUUUAUUUGAUUAACAAGAAAAAUAGUUGUUACACUUGGCGCCCCAAGUGAAUGAGAA